AGUUUGAAACUUUGUCCCGCACAAAGGCUUGCGUCAGAAAUGGAUGUGUGCUACAGGUCUUGUUGGAUUGGAUAAGCCAAAGAGAACGAUAUUGUGAUGAGCUCCCCGCAUUCUGAAUUUGCGGCCGGUCUUGGAAGACCCCCGGAAAGGCAGUUGCUAGCGGAGCAGGAGUUGGAGAGACUGCUUCAGCGGUCCCGUACGUCGAGCUCCCUGCAGCAAAGUACAGGUGGUGUGCGACAUUCAGCAAGCCUACCACUGACUAGCCAAACAGGACUGGAGAGUGUUGCGGAGGUGGAUGCGCGCGAGUCGGCCAUAGUCGCGGACGAAUCUGGUGAUGUGGACAGAUCAACCCUGCAGAGGACAGCUAGUGCACCUGUGUUGUGCCCCAGUCGACCCAUACCUGCUGUAUAUCGCCAGCAGUCAGCAAGGCCAGGGCGCGCAGGUGAACAAAAGCCAUUCGGGAAUGCAUCUGUACGCUCUGCCAGCGUCCCUUUGCCGACUCACCGAGGACAAGCACAUGUGCCUGAAACCGAUGGGUAUCAUGCGGCCAGCACUGUGAACGAGCACGGCAGUGCAGGCUACUCCACUCCGCCAAGAUCUGCAAGUGUGCCGGUGACUCCGGGGCACGAGUUCGAAGCACUCAAUGCACAGCGUUUCGAUGCACUGACGCAACAUGUGAGCAACGCCAGUGCCCCUGGCUCUCCUGUGCAGGCCAUGCAUCUGUUAGAUCAUGAUGCAAGCGUGCUCAACCCAGUCCGGGAAUGCGGCCAGGCACCUCGUGACAACCUGGCAUUGGCUCAGGGAGAUGAUAGCGAUGUCAGGAAUGAAAGUGCGAUGCCCGAUGAUGAGAACCCUGCCAUUCCUGUUGCAGUCAAUUUCCCCUUUGCCGCACACAUCUGCGAGAGCGUACCACCUCCGUCCGCAAGCAAACCUAGACGGAUCGAGUGCAAACCCGGCGAGGAGGUGACCGUGCUGGACUGCUUGCCCAGCCAGGAGUUCUUCGUGCACAACAAAAGCACUGGCCACCUGGGUGUUGUGCCGGUGACAGCACUAGAGGAUUCCCGUCCACAAUUUCAUUACCAUGCUGAUGGGAACAGUGGCUUUGGAAGCAACGGUGAUAACGGUCUUACAGAAUCAUUCGCUCAGGAAGGGUCCGUGGAAGACUUGGCCAGUGCAAAGGAGACUGUUGUGCAUAUGUCCCAUUUGGUGCACAACGACACGAACUGGAACAUCUUGCUGCAGCGCCUGAGGCCUACAAAUUUCACUCAGCUCGACUCGUAUCUGAAGUCAAUGGCACGCCGCGUGAGGAUCUUGUGCCCUGAGGUCGGCCUGCGGGCGGUGUGCGAGGAGACGCGUCUCUUCCUAGAGGUCUGUAGCAAGCACAUUGCCGUGGUUGAGCGCCAUGCUACAGGCCAAGACGCCGCCGGAAUACGUGCUGCCGACGCCAGGCUGCGCGUGCUUCACAUCUGCGCCUGUGUACUGCUGCAUUUGCCAAACAACGGACGCCACUACAACCAGCUGGUCAAGUCCGAAGAGUUCAAACUGCUCGUGGAUGCGUGCAAUCUGUGUGCCAUCAGUGCCGUGAGAGUGGAUCUGGCAGCAACCAUCCUGGCCUUCAGAAACGGUCUUAUCAGGGCACUGGUGGCCUCACUGCCCACCAGUCGCCAUCAACAGAGCACAACUGUAGCUGGCUACCUGGCAAUGACCUGCUGCAGUUCCAACAUCUUCCUUCUCCAGUACCUGCUGAUCGUGCAGGCGUGCAUCUCGGCCAAUGCUGGCAAUCCCAAGGCAACCUGUAUACCUUGGGACAAGGUGCAGCUGCGAUGGUGUGACUUGCACGUUCCUGCAGCAGCGCUGAUCCACAGUGUGUGCAACGAGGCUAGGCUCGGCUUCUACGACGAACUCAACCCCAGCCUGCCCGUAGAGGGGCUCGUCAAAGGACUUCUAGCAUCCAGUCUCACAGAGUGGAGCAUGUUGGAAGCCGCCGAAGCGGUAUGGCCACUACUUAGUUGUAGCAAUCUGGAGGAUGAGAACAUCAGGAGGAUGAUCAAACUAGUGGCCACUCAGUUUUCAAGCCAGAGUUCUCAAGCAACCCUUCAGUCGGAAGUCCACGCGGCCCAUUACAUGCCGCCUGAUCAGCUCAAGUAUCUCAUUGAAAUGCACGACAGGACUGUGUCUCUGGCCAAACUUCACCAUAUAUUCACCUCUGUGGACGGAAGCACACACGAGCGGAGAGAUAGUGCAUUAAGGACAGUCCAGCAACUGGUCUUCGACACUUUCUAUCAGUCACAGAUCUUAUCCCACCAUGAUCCGUGUGCUGUUAUCGAACAUGGUUUGACCUCGGAUGAUGUUGAGCAGCAAUGGGCGUUCUCCUGUAUUGCUCUGGCCAUUGUCAAUGGACAGCAAAUCGACAGCUUCUAUACUAGCUGGGAGCAAGCGGCCAGCAUAUUCGAUCGCCUUGCUCGGUUGGGCUAUGGCAGCCAGAUGGAGGCAUCGCUGGAGGACAUACUUAUCUCCCUGCAUACCUCACUGGGUAGCAAUCCACUGUACACUGUCAAUGCUAUCAUGAAGUCAGAGUUCCUCCGCCAGUGCCACAAGCCGGGAGCGAACCUCAGUGGACGCGUGAUAUCACUGCAAGCGACAGAAUCAGCAGCGCACCUCAUCCUGGCAGCAAACAAUUGCUUGAUGGAAGUACAGAAGUCGAUCAGGUCGUCUGACUUCAGCAGCAGUUUGUUCUUGUCUGAACACUGUGCCAUGAGGCUCUUCUGGAAAACCUACUGCAACAGCCUGCACGGAGCAUGUCAAUCGCUACAAGCACAUGAAGUGAGAGACUUGCAUCAUGACCUAGAAAGACAGCUGAAAGAAAUCGAGCAGGCGCUGGCAACUUCCACUUGCACCUCCAUCCUUGCUGGCUGCCUGGCAUCGACUAUGAUGGGAAUAUUGCAGCUUUCCGAGCCAGAGUUUCACCAGGAGCCAUCUGGCACUCUUCUUGCGCUGCUGCGCAUCUGCUCACACAUACAGAAAGUCCUGGGAGCGGAACAGUUUCAGCCAUACCAUGCUCAGGCGGGCACGAUGGCGAUGUUUGUGAACUACACAGACACGCUGCGUCGCAUUGUGAUUUGUGUGGAGAGCUGUCAGUACACUCGCAAGGAGUUUGACGACUACUAUGCACAUCAUGGCAACAUGAGAGCUCUCUACGCUGCUGCAAAUAUCUCAAUUGUGCACACCAUCGAGAACUUUGAUGAUGUCGACAUGUCCUGCCAGCGCAAGCUAGUACUGCUAAGGUGGCUGGCAUUGAGGCGAGUGCCGAAUGCGCGACGCAGGCAUGAUGAACUGCUGUCCGCUUUUGCAGAGCAAGGCUCGCAUCUGUGUGAGGUCAAAGCGCUGCUGGAGCAAGUGGAUAGCGAAUACACACGCCACCUGUCCUACCCGAUUGGUCCUGGCCAGCAUCAUUGCCCAGCUCACGAAUACAUAGUGUGCACGGUGGCAAAUAGCAACUUGUGCAGUGCGCUGUCUCCUGAUGUCGGUUACGUCCUGACUGACUAUGAGUGGAUCAAGAACGUCAGGGACUGCCUUGUUCACGUUUACCACAGCGUGGAACAUCUUCUCUCGCCAAACACGGAAUAUAUCCAUCUUAGCAACCUGGCUGGCAGCAUAGCGAGAAAUGAGGCAACCCAUGGCGGGGAUGGCAUGGCGCUCUUCACGCUCAGCAAGGACACGAAAACAGUGCUUGCCAAUUCUGUGCCGCAUCAAACGAAGCAAGAAGACAUUAAGCGGCUGCAAAGACUGCUGCAUUGCAUUGCCUGGGCAAGGUUGGGCAUCGAUGGCGUUCUGACAGCGCUUGAGCUGAGCCCCCUAGCUGACAGCUACGUCAAACAUCCAUGGAAGAAAUUCAAGCAAAUGAAGCCGAGACUUGAUGCACCUCUCAGCUCAGUGGAUGCCAACUUCAUUGGGAUAUACGAGCUCACGUCAGGAUUCGAGGAACAUCACUACAAGUUCUUCAACCUGGUGCGCCGUGGGAUAUGCAAUGGAAUGUUUGCAUUCUUCAGGGACGAGCUGUGCAAAACUGACCAGACCUCUAGUGUCCGGACAAGGCUCCAGCUGGUUAAUUCUCGACUUGAAGGUGACACGCAUCGCACUGCUUUGAUGAGCUCGCUCCUGGAUGUAGAAGAUGCAAUAAAGCCAUUCUUUACCGGCGAGGCUUCUCAGAUUCUGCAAUUAUUUCAGACCAAAGUGUUUGACUGUGGUAUGGUCCUGGACACAGCACAGAACAUGGGAACUAUUCAACGCUUGCUGGACACACUCGCCGGCAAUGCAUUCGACACCGCCAAAGAGAUCCUGACCUGCCUUCGAGACAAUGCGCAGGCCAUCGUGGAAAUAUUUCACGAGCCCGGGCAACCGUACCGCUAUCGGUGCUUGCUUGAAGUGGAUAGCUCUGACAAGGAUCCCAAAUGGCAGAGUAUGUCUGAGAUGCGCCAGUUCCAUGUGUGUCUUCCGUAUCUGUACCAUAUUGAGCAGUGGGAAAACUUGGCCCACGGGAUGUCAGAGUCAAUUGCCAUUUUGGAGAAGCUCCUUGGUAAAGUACAGGAGUUAGAAGCAUGCGGAUGUUUCAACUACCUCAGACAGAUGCAGUGCAUUCAACUACCCUUACGCAAAGAUAACCUGUCUACAAGACUGGCUGAAGUGUGCGAGAAGCUGUGCGUCUGGUAUGAGCUGCUCGCUGACGCAAAGUUGAAAUGUCCCGCACUACGCUUGUUCUCUGACUACGACAUCGGGAGCAUGUCGGAACAUGUCCAGAUGUUGACAACAGAUGGAAGAUCCGACCACCGCCAACAUGCCAGUCUACUAUUGUGGAUUCUGCUGUCUGCAUCGCAUUUGAUCUCAUCAAAACCUGAGCAGUUGACACAGCCUGGUUUACUGUCUGCCUUGGAACAAGUUGGAUCCAAAGAAGACGACAACGUUCUUGACCAACUGGUGCGGCUGUUACAACUUGUGACAAACAGGCACUUUGUGAGGCCGACGAGAGAUGGCAUCCAUGCACUCGCACCAGUCGUUCAGCAAUACCUGUGCACUGUUGAAGGAUGCCACUCCUUUGAUGACAGAUCCGAUGCGCUGGUGUCACUGUUUUGCCAAAGCUUCCGCGACCACUUACCCUGCCGCGCUCAGUUUCUCUUCUGUUCCCCUCACACCACCGAGGCAGAGCUUCGCAGCUUUAGCAAUGCAGUAGGUAAUUCCUCUGGCACAUUUGCUGUGGUCGGAAUUGAUCUGCUAACGGCUGACUGCCUGUCCGCUCUGCUGGAGCUGCAGCAGUUCUUAGCACAGCCACGCCAGCAGCAGGAGCAUGCUUGCACAAGUAGCAAGGUGUUCUAUCUGGCUUACAAUAGUGCUUUCCACAGUUGUUGGCCGAAACUGAUAGAGCUGGAGCAAGCAGUCAUUCCGAGAGGCAGUGUGGACAAUUUACGCACUUGCUACAAUGCCCUGGACAAAGCAGGCAAGUUUUCCCUGGGUUUGGAGCUGAUUGUUGUUGGUGGUCCUGCCGGUGUUGGAAAGACGACUUGGAUAAAUGAAAUGUGCCGUCGUGAGGAUGGUGCUCUGCCGGUCGUCAUUGAUCUGAUUCAAGUGGAUCGCACAGCCGACAUAUGUCAAGUGCUGAUGGUCGCAGUUCAGGGCAACGAGCGACUUCAGCAGCGCACUGGCAGCAUUCACUUCCGCCUGCCGUCCAACGCCAACCUAGCUGAUGUUGAUCGGGUUUUCUUCGAGCUGGUGUGGUGUGGUGCCAUGCGCAGUACCGACACCAGGCAUGUUGUCGCCAUUGAGCCAAACUCAGGCAGGAAAUUCAAGUGGUUCAUAGAGAUGUGUGAGGACGGCUUCUCAGAUUGUGACACAGACAACUCAGUAUAUUGCAAGCUGCCAUUUCUAAUGACGUCGUUAGUGUGCAAGCCACUGCAGCGCACUGACAGCAAAAAGAUGAUACUGUCCACUGAACACGAAAAGCUGGCACGGCUGCUUGACUUGUUCUUCGGACACAAGCUCGGGACGGAUGUUAUUGAUGGCAAUAUCAGUGUGCUUUGCUCCGACUGGGUCAUUGAGAAGCAGAGCUUGUAUAUGUUUGAUCGCUUGUUCCAAACGUAUGGUCUCCCACGAGAUAAUCGCGUUCAGGAAGUCUUCUGCCUGAAGUACAUUGCGGCAAAGUGGAAAACAAUGCUUGAGACCACCAAGUUACUUAAGGAUGGUGUCUCCUAUAAGGACUUGGCCUGGGAGGUAAUGCAUCAAAUCAUCCUGGAGGCAAAGUACCUGGCCACGCCCAACCUGAGGUGUGUCUUCCGUGGAUGUUCGCAGGCUUUUCUUGCUUGUGAUGCCUUCUCGUUGAUGGCCACCGACAUCACACAGCAGAAUGUGCCCAACUUGCUCGUGCUUCGUAAUCGUAACGAUCGAACACGCAGUCGAUCCUGGACCUACAUUCCAGUCUCGCGAGAGAAGCAGAUCGGACUACUCAGCUGGGCAUUCCAAAUAGAGAAGAGAGAUGUUGAACGCCUUGUGUCGGAUAGCAAGUUUGUCCUGACUGCGGACUUCACUUUCAAGCUGAUCUUGAUCAAGCAGCGUCAGCAGCUCGGCUUGUCUUUGAUCCUGGAGAGUGAAACUGGUGCUGGAAAGACCUAUUUGCUUAAGUUUUAUACUAUGCUGUCUGCGUUUGCCACCGCUAACAGCUCUAGAAUGGAGGCCGCCCACCGUGCGGAACCCAGGCUGUUGAACCUGCUGAAGCAGAUCAUCUUUGGACCGCUCUGGACUGAGCUAAGUAUGCUGAAUCGCAUCCAAUACCCGAGAUGUGGCUCAGCCUGGCAACCAUUGCCUGAUCGUCUGAAAGGACAUCUUGGAUUCAGCGAAGGUUGUGACUGGCAUGACUUUGGAACGGAGCACCUGUUCGAGAGCUGGCUCCACUUCCUCAGCCUCUUGCGACGUGAACCCGCGUCCAACGCAAAGAGACUUCUGCAGGAAGGGAUUCGUUCUUGGUGCAACAAGCUAACAAUACUGGAGCCUCUGUCCAUUGAGUUCUCUGAGCUCCUUGCGGAUCCUAAUUUGACAGAUGCUCAUAGCAAACGGCUGCUGGAAGGCUGGCUCGAAACGAAAACCAAGGAUCUGUUCCGAAAGAUGCUUGUGCACCCUGGUCUCGUCAAGGAGGACAUCAGGCGGUUUCUACUUGAUGAUGUGGUGAUUUUGGCUGAAAACACGCAUGGUCACUCAGUUGUUGUGUUUUUCGACGAGUUCAACACAUCUAGGUACAUGCACUUGUUCAAGGAAAUCAUGCUUGAUGGGACAUUUGACGGCCAAGCUAUUCCCCACCACGAUCAGCUGUUCUUUGUUGCCGCUCUCAAUCCGUGCAAUAAAGAGGAUCAGGUCCACAUCAAUGGGCCGUGGAGCACUAACUAUUUUGCUUUCGAGCCCAAUGCGACUGAAGAUGAUGAAAUCUUAAAGAGGUGUGACCGCGAGCUUGGCCAGGUGUACAAUAUUAGCGUAAAGCUACCCACCGUUAUGAAAUAUCAUCGCUGGAUCUAUCAGAGCCUGACUGGCCCCGACGAGCUGUUUGAAUACACCGAGGGAAAGAUUGACUUCCUGAAGACCGACCCGCGCCUAGACGCCAUUAAUGCCGGGGCUCAGUUCUCUGAUCGCAUGCUGGGUGUCCUCAAAGAGUUCCUGUUUCAUUCAUAUUGUUUCUGUCGAGACAAUGUCACUCGGAGUUUUGUCAGCCAGCGUGAUGUACAGCGUGUCUUCAAGCUCAUACCGCACUUCUGGAGCAUCGAGACAAAUCUUUUGGAGCCCGACGAUAUUUCUGACGCAAACCAGGUCCUUCAAAAAUGCAUCCUUCUCUCCAUAUCCUUGGUGUUCUUGGUAAGAUUGCCGCUGGAGCCGACUCGCAAGUAUCGUAGGGCAUCCCGGGCCAAGUUUGAUGUCUACGUUUCCAAUCACGUGCAGCGUAAGUUUAAGGCCAUCAAACUCUCCCUGCAGGCUAUGCUAGAGGACGAGAUCAACAGGGUGGUGACCAAGGAGAACUUUCUCAUUCCGUAUGGCGUGGCCCUGACACCGGCGCUGAAGGAGAACAUAUUCUGCAUGAUCGCCUGCAUCCAAGAGAAAAUUCCAAUGGGCAUCAUCGGUGAGCCGGGCUCAUCGAAGACUCUCUCCUACCAGAUUGUGCGCCAGAACUUGUCCGGUGAGCACGGGUCUGUCACCAAGUUUUGCCAGCAGUUUGGUGCGAUAGACCCGUUCUUUUACCAGUGCUCGCCUGAGUCCAGCACCGAUCAGAUUCAGAAGCUGUUCAACAGUGCCAUUGACAGAAAGGACUACUAUCGUAAGCACCGGCCUACGCCAGUGUCAUCCGCUCUGAAAGGAAGAGGCACCAGAGUCACUGUGUUCAUCGAUGAAGCCGGACUGCUUAGUGUGAAAAGGAACCGCAUGGUGAUGAAAGUACUUCACCCGUACCUUGACGAGCCCGAGGUCUCAUUCGUGACGAUGUCCAACCACUGGUUUGAUGCUGCCAACACUAACCGCAUGCUGACGGUGUUCCGCUCGCGUGCAGCAGGGCAAGGACGGUCCAGGCAGGAGGAGACCGGGCAAGUGGAGUCCAGGCAAGGAGAGUCUGGGCAAGAGGACUGUGGGAAAUCACAGUCUGGGCAUGACUUGAUCAGCUUGGCUUAUGGCUGCCUGUGCUUGCAGCCUGAGCUGUGUCCACCUUCCCUGGAGCAGUUUUUGCAUGGUAUAUGUAAUGGCUACCGGCGAGUUUGCCAAAUGAUUCCCGACUGGUUCCACCAGCGUGACCUGAUCGCACUGUUCCGCUUCUUCCUGCGCUCCAAACUGGUGACCGGAUCCGAAGAGAUCAAUAUGACGGCUGAUUCCCUCCUGAGGGCGCUUGAAGAGAGCUUUGGUGGCCGGCAUCCAGAAGAGUUCAAGGCCAUAGCUAAUGCCUUCUUUGAGGAGGUUCACAGCCGCCUUGCGUCAUUUCCGCAGGAAAUUGAUGUUGCCUCCCUGCGCACUCCUAUCGACAUAGCACUUCAGCUGCGUAAGAAGCUGCACCCUGAAAAUGCAUCCGAGCACUUCACAAACCUCAGUGCAGUUGCACCCCGCUACCUACUCUUCAUCGAUGACUAUGGCUGCGAUUACAACACUGUGGAUAUGUUGUAUCAACUGGGAGUUCUAUCCAGAAAUCCUGGCCAAACCCUGGUCUUUCAGCAGGACGACGGGAUGAAGCAGGGAAACGAUGUGCAGUGUGCAAGUAUCCUUGCUCAGCUGCGUCAGUUUCUCAACCAGCCGUGCACAGUUGUGAUUGUCAACUCCCCCAGGCUACAUGGCUACCUGUAUGAGCUCUUCAACAAGAACUAUCUGAUGCUACAGGAAAAGGGCAAGUGCUGUGCAUUUUCGAACAUAGCAAUGGGAGACGGUACUUUUCCGUGCCAAAUUCAUCCAAAUUUCCAGUGCAUUAUCAUCUUGAGCAGGGAGAUCGCGACGAGAGAGCGAACACCGUUCCUAAGCCGGUUUUCCAAGCACACCCUGCACCCGUGCCAAGGCUGGGAGUAUGUCCUCAGGAACACGGAUGCAGAUCGGCUACUGCGCAGCGUGCAAAAGCAGUGCGAACUCUUUACGACCCAGAUGAAUGCACACUACUUCUUUGGAGCUGGCAGUGACUCUACUGCCGCACCAGGGAAGGUAGUAAUAGAGGAAGGAACUCCCAGAAUGUCAUCGUCAGCUGCUGCCGACCAAUUGCAGUGGUCUUCCAUGUUCAGUGGUACAUUGUUCCUUCAAUUCCUCAACUUGCUAAAGUCUAGCGGUAAUGGUCGGUUUUCAGUGCACGACCGAGGGCAAACGCCCGCUGGUGACUUUGUGCGGCUUGCCACACGGAGAAUUGUGGCUAGCUACUUUCAGCUCAUGCCUCUUGAGUCCUACAUAUCUUCCUGCCAGUUACUUACCCCGCCGUCAGCCUAUCAUAAGUUCUUCGUCGAGAGCCGCCAGAACUCGUUCACGCUUCGAGCUAUACUGGAGAACACACUGCGCACAACGGAGCAUUCCAGAGACAAAACGGCGAAGCUAAUGCUUCUGACGAAAUCUACAUCAUCCGACGUUCAACGGCUGACAAGAUCCAGCGAUCUCCGAGAGAGGUGCCUUGGCAGAACUCUUUCGGAAAUGACAGAAAUACACAUAUUAAGCAAGUUUCAGCAUUUCUCUGAACUCCGACAAGCCAUGGAGGAAUUUAGCCGAGGACCAAUGGCGUGUACAGUAUUCUCUGUGGAUGUGUCACAGCCAUCCCAGAAAUCCGCAAUUGGUCCUCUGAAGAGACUCAUUGACGAUCACUGCACUCAGCUGCGCCGGAACGGCAUCAAGCAAACCAAACUGUUUGUGAUACUGCUAGAUGUUCUUCUGAAGAACCCCCUGCACAAGGAUGCCUGCGGUGCCAUGCUGAACGGCUGGAAGUCCAACUUUGUCUCCGUGGACAGUCUAUCCAGCUGCUGUCCCAUCUCUAUCCCCGAAUUCCUCUCCUUCACAAAGUGGUCCGGCAGCUGGGAGCCUCCCGGCAGACAGAACCAUGUGUCACGGCUAAAACCACUGUUGGAGAAGCACGUGGAUCUCUUCUGUGAUCACUUCUGCAGAAGUCUGCACGAUGUUCGCAUGAGUAAUGCCCAUCUGGAAAUGCUUCCUGCCUCUGUACGACCGCUGUUUGCUCCGAUUUCAGCCAGCAGUCCAUCACACUCUGAGGUACGCCUCAAGGCACUGAAAUGGGUCAUUGAGACUGUUCCAGGAAUAUUUGCUUGGCUUGCCAAUGCAUUGAUUUCCUGGCUGAUAGAAGAAGGAAGUGAGUGGGCAGAGAAGUUCUCCAAACAAAUAAUCAAGCAAGACAUCUACGUCAGCCUGGAGGACCUGAUUUUCGUUGAAACCGAUGCAGCCUUAAAGGACCUGAUGCAAACAUUGCUGUUGGCGCUCCUUAGUGACUACAACCUACACAAUGUUCUACAGCUGGUCGAGCAGAAAUGCCUUGUCGAGAAGUUGCUGAUGCUUGUUCCUGCACGGAGAGUGGAUUUGGCUACCGACGGGCGGCUUUUUCACGGCAACAGGCACCUGUACACGACACCUUUCUUUCAGGAAUUUAUCACGCAUGUCAACGCUGCAGUGUCUACGGAGAGGGAAACUCUGGGGGCUGUUCACGAAGGCAUGAUGAAAAGUGUUGUUGUCCGACCACUUCUCGAUAUGCGUGCAUUCCUCGAGCUGUGCGUUGUUGACAGCUUGGUGUACAAGUUCGACUGGAAGAAGCCGAGGCUCACUCUUGAGGUAGCUGCCCGCUUCGUCCAACUGAACUACACCGAACAGAUGGCGUUUGGAGUGGAAGGCCCGCCAGAUCUCUUCUCAUUCACCCAUGUCCACAUACGCAAAAACCGCCAGUUACUGUUGAGUGCCUUGCAUGGCUCGAAUGCUCUACUGAAGUUAAUAGGUCGGGAGGCGUGUGCAGAAGAAGUCCAUCAGCUGGUGGGUGAUACGAAUCCAGCACUACAGGCAAGGGACCUGCUUCACCGCUUGGGCUGUGUUCUAGUGGAGAAGCUGUGGUCUGAGCUGAACAAGAUACUAUGCAGUGGCAGCUAUGAGCCAGAUAAACUGCUGCCACAGUUGUUGAGAUGGAAGAAGACGGUGGACUAUGCGUUCCAGUACUGGCCAUUCCAUUAUCUGCAGUCCAGUCAAGGACAAGGCGCAAAGCAACCAGUCGAUGCAGUGCCUGAAAGCAGCGCCGGCCAGGUGAAGCUUGUUGUUGCUGCUAACCUAGUCCUGUCCUCUCUGACCAGUACGAAUCCUCAUCCACUGCUGAAGGUUCUGCGCACUCUCAUACCUGACGACAGUGCAAGAGAUGUUUCACUCGACAAGAUACUGGACCGACUCCUCAGCCAGCACGAGGAGAUUCACCUUCCGAGCGAGAUCGUCCAGUUAAAGUACGGCUGUGGUGAGUGGUUCGUGCAAAGAUUAAUGCUGCAGACUUUCUCGACUGUCGGCGAAUGCGUCAACGACCAUGACUUUGAACUGCUGCUGACUUGUAUUCACGGUUCAUAUUCCAUCCUUCGCUUUGAUCACUGCUACAUGCCAGCAAAGUCUGGGGCAGCACUGCUUGCGAAGAUUGAAGACAAGCUGGUGAAGGACCUGAAUUGCCCAAGAUCACGUGUGCAGCACGGCAUCGAGCAGGCCAUCAGCAAAUGGAUUGGUGUACAGAAGGGUGAGAUCACGCUGACAUUCACGCCGGGCCACCUGCCUUCGGGGACAUCGUCGAGAGCCAAGCGCAAAGAGCCGGUCAUGCCCUUGGAACAGGCGUUCUACGAGUUGGCGUACACAUGGCGACGACAAAUCCGGCUUCCGAAUCUCGACGCCUUUGAGUACCACGUGAACGCAGCCUGCGAUGACGGCAUGAUUGUGAGACGUGAUUUCAGAAGAGAAAUGCAGGACAGAACUCCACUUUCCACACUGUCCAUCCAGGAAAUGGCCAAGAAAUGCAUUGCGACUGAAGAGGCAGCAGCGGGAAUUCAAGAGUAUGCUCAGCAAACUCACAGACAAGGAUCUAUCGCCGGACAACAAGGAUUUCCUGACGCUCAGCCAAUGGCCAAGUUGUUUGCAGCAAUAGAGGAGGAGAGUGCCUUUCUUGACCUUUUCACCUGGAAAAUAGUGACGACCAUUAACUGUCCAAUGGUUCAAGAUGCCAUCUCUGGAAUUGGUGACAAGUGGGCUGUGACGCUCUCCGAGAGAUGCAGGCCUUUAGUGCUAUUGCAGUACAGUAAUUCUCUCUUGUCGAACUCCAUCAAUACAGCAGAGUGUGAGAUCUUGCCCUGUCUCGUGCAGCGUAAAAACUUUGCAGGUCCACGUCAGGAUCUCAACAGCUCGCUGAAAAUCUCCGGCUUGCCGAAGACAUUGCACCUAUUGGCGCAACAAGAUGGAAGCAGCUCAUAUUUUCGUCGCAUGGAGGCCUGCCUAGUUUGGAAGGCAUUCAAUGAAGAUUUCAAGUUCAACAGAAUUGGCAUACAGACUAUGUACAGCAAGCUUGCACCAGGUGGCAAUCUGGAAGGCGUGUAUCGCCUACUCUUUAGCAACAGUGGACCUAUUUGUGAGGAAUUUUGGGACAUGAUCGGUGGCAAUGGUUCUGCAGCAGAGUAUCACAUGCUGGAGGAGAUGUAUGUGUCCACUCUAGUAGCCAUCAUUUCAAUGGGUCCCAAUUGUCACUUGCACACUUGUGUCUACUGCCCUGACAUUCUGAGGGGAUCAUACAUCUUUGGAUCACUGUCCAGCCACGGCAAGCAGCUGGGCCAGGCCGAAGCACAGUCUUCAAUCAUUGACGGGUUUCUGCGCACGUGCGUGCCAGAUGAUGCCCAUGGUCUUGCGUGGCCUGUCAUGGCGUUUGAGGCGAGAAAGCGUCCAUCGCGCUUGUCCGUGUUGGGCGCUAUGCUCAGUUCCUUGCUGACGUGCAUUGCACUCUGUUGGCAUACCGUUCUGUUUCCGACCGCCACUGACAAUGUGAUCGCCGACCAGGACCAUGACCAGGGUCUCUCACCACCAGAUGCACGGUCAUUACUGACAAAGAGGUGUCUUGCAGCAGCACGCAGCCUGUUCAAUGAGAUGUCGCGUGCAGAACUCAGUAUGUCACCACUGAGCAUGAAAUCGUACAUGCUUACUGCUCUCCAGUGCAUGGUGGAGCAUGCCAACAACCCCACAGGACCCACCUUCAGGGCAAGUUACAUCAACCUGCCUCAACUGGAGGAAAUGGAAGCCGCCUUUCAACGUGAUGUUGUAGAAACAGCACUUGAAACACACUGUGCCACUCUAAACCGCUAUCUGACCAGAUCGCUCGGUGAGAGCUUCGCAGCACUUCACUGGGCACAGCUCCGGUCGCAGUACAACUGCCAAAGAGAUGUUUGGUACGCAGCGCAUGCCGACAACCCUAUCCUGGCUUACGUAAUGGCGUAUCACCCACGCCUACAGCUUGUCAGGCGGCUGCUCAGCAUCAUGAAGUUCUUUGUUGAUAUCCAUGCAUUUGGAUCAAGACAGUUCUACCUUGCUGAUGUUAUAACAAAUACCUUGGCUGUAAAGGAUGGUAUUGACUUGAUUGGCGGUCAGGCAGGUCGACUCCUUCAGGAAACGUUUGAACAGGCUAAGGUGGAUUACAACAUUAUCAGUAAGGCCAUCAGCAGAAUGCCGAUGGAAGUAGUUGGCCCAUGGCAACACAGUCCCAUCAUUGAUACUACACCACUGAAGGAUCUUGUGAACAUCCACAGUCCCCAGACGCAGGGCUCGCGCCUGAAUCAUCUGAUCACUCUCGUUCUGUCAUGGCAGACGGCGCUGUACACACUGUGCUCUCGCCACUCCAAAGUAGCACGCUCCCCUCUAGAUAUGUAUCUGGCACAGAAUUUGCACGCAGAGGCAGUGAUGCCCGCAGACGUCAUUGCACACAAUGGUGCUGAGCUGCUGGAGAUGAGCAGUGAUGACUUGGAGCAGCUGCUACGUGUUCAUUGCCAGCAUGAUCGAAAGUCGCGACGUCUGGUCAUGAACAUUGAUGCGGACACCAUGGAAGUCCAAGUGGUGACGCGCCAUAUCAGCAAGAUGCGGCGAAUCAGCUGGGAUUCGUAUAGCAGCGCGACGCAUUUCUUCUUCCAGGAUGAAGAUGGGCUUGUGUUCAGCGUCACACCAAGCAGCCCCACUAAGAAGACGGACCUUCGUCAGGAUAUCGAACUGGAGCAUGUGCUCUUCAACAUCAGCAACGCCCAGUUGACUGACACACUUCUAGACCUGCGACAGCUGAUGAGAGACAUCAAACAACAAAACUGGCCGGACGACGGCCAACGUCACAAGCAGAGUCUCGACCAGUACAUGGAGCAUGCACGGCAGAGCCACAGCGUUGAGUAUCCAAACCUGCAGGCAUUCGGGCGCUUCAUCCGCCUUGAAAACUUGGGCGCCCUGCAGCUUGCACUGGAGAGGCGGCAGCAUCGCAGUGAGUUCACGCAGAUUCCACGUAGCCUGGCUCACGCCAUGAGAGGGGAAGACCAGAAAACUAUCCUAGAACAGCUAGAGGAACUGGUGCAUGCCAGCGGUGACCUGGCCAGGUCUGUGGAGUUUCUGAAGCGUUUCCGUGACGCUCUGCUGACUGUACAGCGGCAGGUGGAAAAGCAGCCUAGCCUCAGUUUACUCACUCUUCUAACACAAGAUGUCGGUACCGAGAGCACUGAGAAUAGCUUGGAUGAGAGUGUUCUUCAUAGCAUCCUUCCCGUAGGAGUGCUGGGUCUUCACCUCAAGCAGCUCGUCAUCAUGGUGUCGUCUUUCCUGAAAGAAGUAACAGCUAAGCAGCUAGAGCAAGAGAUCUUGUCCAAGACACCCCGUGAUCCAUGCUGCCUCGAGGUGGUUCGCAGGCCGAGUGCUGCGGAUGAGCUGGCCACCUCUCUGGUCGUGGAGGUGGUUGAUUUGAACGACACGACGCGGCCAGUGAAGCGAGUGGUCACCGCGCAGAGAUCUGAUUCUGUGCUUCACGUGAUCAACCAAGUACUCCAGCGGCUGAACUGUACACAGACCUUUGCACUGUACGGCAUGGGAGGGAAACUGUUCCAGCAUUCAAAAGACCAGAAAGUUGAUGUGUUAGCCCGGCGGCAUGCACAAACGAACAGCAAUGGCGAGCCCACUGUCACAGUUUAUCUGCAAGAAAAAGAAGAAGAGGAUGAGUACCUAGCCGAGGACCGUCGUGAGUCGAGAUUGGCCUCCAACACCAUCCAGCCGCCUAAACCUGUGUCUCGGGAUUUCAGGUGCCGCUGCGGCCGAGAGUUUCGCCGUCGCCAGGAACUCACUCGCCACUCAAAGUUCUGUUCCCGUGGCUGAAACACUGUCAUUCCUGUCCGGACCUGCCAUCAUCUGCGGAUGGGCAUUAUUGUAUUGUAUUGUAUUGUGUGUUAGCGUGUGUUCAUGUUUUCUAUACCAAGGUUCAGGUUUCUCCCACAGACUUGUCGAGAGGGUCAGCUUGGUGUUGUGCAGAGCUGCAACAAGUUCACCUCUGGGGAUCAUUUCUAUGUGGCAUCUGAUUUUUAGACGAAGUAGCGUGACGGUGUGCGUAUAGUGUGUCUAGUGGGACUGCGUUACUGUGUGUAUGUAUGUGUGUGUGUGUGUGUGUGUGUGUGUGUGUGUGUGUGUGUGUGUGUGUGUGUGUGUGUGUGUGUGCGUGCGUGUUUGCGCGUAUGCAUGCGUACGGAUCUAUACGUGCAUGUACCUACAUAUAACAUGAAAGGUGGCAAAGGCGGAAUGGCCUGCCUACUGCGGUGUUCAAGUUUGCAGACAUUUAUCUCAAUGUACUAGAUUGCAUUGCUUCAUAUAACGUUGUUUGUGGCUAUAGUCUACAGAUGUGUCAAAGAUAGAAGUGUCUAGCCUGGUGUUAAUAUAUAAACAAUUUGGUUAAAGAAUUAGUAAAAGCCUUUCCUAAUUCUGUAGCAUUCUAGCAUGGACAAUCUCUGUAUGGAAUGAGGUGGCAAGUUUCCCACCAAUGGAAAAUCGUGCAUGGAAAAGCAAUUUUAAUCUCCCGUGAUCUUGGUAUUCUAUUGAAUUUGUAUUCCCGAAGCUAUGCAAAAGAUGUUACUUCAGUAGCGUCUAGCGCUAGCCAGGGUCUACACCACUUUAUUUUGUAUUACAAUAAUGAUUAUGUGUGUUUGUAAACCAUUGUGUUAAUUUGCCCAUAUUUGUAUUUAUAUAUUUUUUUUCCCGUUUGUGUCUUUCCCUCAAACUAGUCAAGAUAUAUUUUAUAUAUUAUAUUGCCGAAGUCGCAACCUCUAUUUCAUUUUAUAUAUAAUUAUUAUAAAAACAAAUAAUAAAAAUAAUGUGUGUGGUUCGUAGGGCCGUUGGUAGGGUCAUUACCACGUGGUGCAUAA